AUGGGAUCGAAUUGCGAUGGGGAUUCGAAUUUGAAAGCCGAAAUCGAAGAAUCCAAUGGUUCUGGGAAACCUAGGGUUAUUUGCCCUAACGACGUUUCAACAUCCCGAAGAACCCUAAUCAGUGCUGGUAAACCCAAGAGCUGGUCGUUCAGUGGUUUGCCCGAUGCAUCGACUAGAUUCAAGCUUCUGAAAUUAGGUUCUCCUUCCGCUCGAUUCAAAAAAAUGGCCGAGGAGAGAGACGAAGUUUCACGGUCAGUGACGACGACGACGACGAGCUCGUCAUCGAGCAGCCACAAUUUCCGGGAACGAAUCAGCGGCGUGCUUCACCGGAAAAUCGACUGGAGCUCUCUGAUGCACAUGGGGAAGCAAUGGAUUAAGAACCCAAUCAACAUGGCUCUCUUCGUGUGGAUACUCGCCGUCGCCGUCUCCGGUGCGAUCCUCUUCAUGGUGAUGACUGGUAUGUUGAAUCACGCUCUGCCUAAGAAGUCACAGAGAGACGCUUGGUUCGAAGUCAACAACCAAAUCCUCAACGGCUUGUUCACUCUCAUGUGUCUUUAUCAGCAUCCGAAACGCUUUUACCACUUGGUGCUGCUUUGUAGAUGGAAGCACGAUGAUAUCGCUAAGCUUAGGAAAGCGUAUUGCAAGAACGGGACUUAUAAACCUAACGAGUGGAUGCAUAUCUCUGUUGUCAUCUUCUUGCUUCACUUGAAUUGCUUUGCUCAGUAUGCGCUUUGUGGUCUUAACGUUGGAUACAGAAGAUCGGAGAGACCUCCUAUUGGUGUCGCUGUGUGUCUCUCUGUUGCCAUUGGAGCUCCUGCUGUUGCUGGUUUGUACACUAUACUAAGUCCAUUGGGGAAAGAUUAUGAUGAUGAUGAUCAUGAUGAUGAGGAGAAUCAAGUGGAGCGUGAAGAAGGGUCUGUGAGUCGCAGGGGAGGGUUAGAGAGGAGGUACUCGUUUGCUUCUGGUUCUGCUGCUGAUGAGAUGGUUCCGGUGAGUGAGCCUGAAUGGAGUGGUGGGGUUUUGGAUAUUUGGGAUGAUAUUUCCUUGGCUUAUCUGUCUCUUUUCUGUACCUUUUGUGUGUUUGGGUGGAACAUGGAGAGAGUUGGGUUUGGGAACAUGUAUGUGCACAUAGCUACGUUUAUACUGUUCUGUUUGGCUCCGUUCUUUAUAUUCAACUUAGCUGCGGUGAAUAUUGAUAACGAGACGGUUAGGGAGGCGCUGGGGAUAUCUGGGAUCCUUCUUUGUUUGUUUGGUUUGCUCUAUGGGGGUUUCUGGAGGAUUCAGAUGAGGAAGAGGUUUAAGUUGCCUGGUUAUAAGUUCUGCUUUGGAAGAGAAGCGGUUGCUGAUUGUACGCUUUGGUUGUUUUGUUGCUGGUGUUCUUUGGCGCAAGAGGUUAGGACUGCAAACGCUUAUGAGAUAGUGGAGGAUAAGUUCUGUCAGAGAACGGAGGAGAAGAGUUUGGUGUCUCCUCUGCCGCGUGAGGACGGUGUGUUUGAUCCUAGGGUUGGUCUCGGGAGCUCGCCGAAGAACGUAAGUGGGGCGAGUUCUCCUAGCCCGAGUAGGUUUUGGAAAGAGGUGCAUAGUCCAGAUUUACAGACGGCUAGAGAGAAAGAUGAAGGUGAAAGGGAGGUUGAGGUUGUUCUGACUCCACCGUCUCCUUUGUCUAUACACAGAGAAGCUUGA